AUGGACGAAAGCAAAAAACGAAAAGAUCCUGGGUUUCCCAUGCCUCCUUCCUCGAGGACUGGCGACAACCAACAAACCAAAGACUUGAUGAGUCGUUUGCAGGCUUUCUUGCCAGAAAUGAAGGCUGCUAAUCAAGCACUUUCUUCUGAACCGGUUGGUCUCGUCGACGUUGAACUGAAAAAGGGAAAUAGCGACGAUGACGACGACUCGGAUUCUGACGACGAUGAUUCUAGCAAUGCCAGUGGUGACCAGAUAAAGCAACUUGAUCGAAAGAACCCGUUGAUAUCAGAGUCAAAGGGCGAGGGUGAAAAUGACGACGAGGGAGGAACAGUGUCAGCACCAAUGAUUCAAAUUCAAUUCGCUCUGACGGAUCCCAAUAAUCCAUUGGUGGAUCUCUUUGCAAAUGACGAUGAGAAGAACGGAGAAGAAAGUGAGAAUUGUAGGGAUGAUGAAGAUGAUCAACAAGAGGGCCCAUCCAAAACGCGAGCGGUGAGGAGCAUGCUCAAAAGCACCUCGUCAACGAAAAAAGAAGAACCUCCCAAGAUUAGACUACUUCGCAGCGACAACCCGACUCCCAAAAAGUCACUUAUUACGGAACUUUCCUAG